CCUGAUGAGCAUGUACAGAGACGUCAAUCGGCCCACCGUCCGUGUUUACUCCUCGGAGACUGGCAUGUGGGGCAAUCUCAUUUCUACAGAGGCUUCGUAUCAGCUUGGCGGCGAUGCCGAUAUUCCCGCGACCCUUGUGGGUCACGCACUUCACUGGCUGUCCAGGAGAGAUGCAAUAGUUGAGUUUGAUCUGGAUGGGCAGAGCCUAGCUGUGAUCACUGGGCCUCCUGUUGCAAAUGAUAUCCUGUGUCAGAACCAUCGGAUCAUCCCGGCUGAGGAUGGCGCCCUUGGCUUCGCUGUUUUGUCUUUUCCUUGCUUCCAAAUGUGGCGGAGGAAUGCUAAUGAUCAUGGUGUUGCCACAUGGGUGCCGUGGAAGACCAUUGAAAUGCAUACAAUUCUCGGGCUCCCUUCUCAGAUUGAUGCGGGGUGGAAAUGUCUGAUGGGGUAUGACGAGGAUAAUGAUGUUGUAUCUUUGCUUGUGGGCUACAGUAUCUUCAUGGUUCAACUUAAGUCGAUGCAAUCCAGGAAACUUCAUGAAACCAAGUUUAUCACUCAAUGGCAUCCUUUUACAAGUUUCUAUACACCAGGGACAACCAUUAACGGUGGAUCUAAUAGAGCUGAAAUGUUGCAUGAUACAUAGGAUUCUUGCCUAGUUUUAUGGGCUAAUGUUCUGAAAUGGUUCAGCUGGUGAAGUAAGAGCUGCUGCGGUUGUCAGUUGUCAUUGAGUUGGUCAUGGCGCAUCAAUUUGGUUCCACCAUGUUUUGUGUUUAUAUGUUAUCAGAGAAAAACUUACUGAGUGUGUCCCUUAGUCUAGCUAAGUUUCGAAUGUGAAAGGAUGCUUUUGAAUACCUAACACAGGGAGUUUCAGCUUCCCCGAGUAUCAUGUCAA